AUGGAGGCUGACUGUUCCUCUGCUUCAGAAAUAACCAUUUGCCCGGGUGGUGGGCGUGGCUGCCCCCGGCGGGCUCCGGAGCCUGGCUGCGGAGUGGGUGUCCGGGGCGCUCGCGGCUGGAGCGGCGCGGGGGGCGGGAAGGCGCGCGCCGAAGGGGUGGGGGGAGGAGAAGGGGCGGGGGAGGGAGGAGAAGGGGCGGGAGGCUCGGGGGUGGAGCCGGGACCGCAGCGCCUGCCGCUCGCUCUGCGCUGUAGCCGCCGCUGCCGCCGCUGCUCUUGGCUCGGGGACGCGGGCGGGCGCUCCGAGAGGCUCUGGUGCCUGCGGCUGCUGCUCUCCUCCGGCGCCCGGGGCUGCGGCGCUCCGGGUCCCGGCCCCUGUCCCGGCGUCUCUCGGGUCCCUGAGCCCCGGCCCGGGGUCCCGCGUCCGGCCGGAGAGAACGCACUCAGCUGCUCGAGCCGCCCCGGGCUCGCGCCCCCAGGCCAUGAAGAGGGGCCCGUGAGGCGCGCGCGGAGUCGGGAGGAAGAGGAGGGAGGAGGGAGGCCGAGGAGGAGGGCGCGGGAGGCGGAGAAUGCUGCCGCGGCUGCUGCCGACGCCGCCACCCGCGGGCCCUCGGCGACCCUGACUCCAGACCCGAGGAUGGAGCCGGCGCUGGGCGCUGCAGCUGCUCCCGGCGCGCCCCCGACCAGCCAGGCCCGCUCGUUAGCCAGUCCGGAAGCUUGGAAAGACAGCGUGGGAUCCUGAAGAAGCCCUGGCCCUGCGGUCAGACAGACCUUGGUCAUCCUCCAGCUGGGUGACCGUGAGCCAGUCACCAAGCCUCAGUUUCCUCUUCUGUAAUACAGAUGCCUGACCCUGCGCCCACCUGAAAACGACGGGUCCCAGAGCCACAGACAAGCUCUGAUGCCGCCAAGGCUUGGUCUUUGACUUGCCAGCUGAGACCACAGCUAAGAGUCCCACAGAACUUGGCCCCAUCAGCUCGCUCUAUUUCGAAGCCCAGGGAAAGGCAGAUGCUUCUGUUGUGAGUUGAUAGACGGAGGCAAGACGCUGCCCCAGGAUUAAACCAGGCGCGGUAGCUCACUC